UCAUUUCCUCAUAAUAUCUUUUGCUUAUUACACAAAUGGCAUCAAACACAAUGUCUUCUUAUGGUUCUGGCUCAUGGACUGUUAAGCAGAACAAAGCCUUUGAGCGUGCUCUAGCAACCUAUGACCAAGACACUCCUGACCGUUGGUACAAUGUUGCUAGAGCCGUUGGUGGGACAACACCAGAUGAAGCUAAGAGACAAUAUGACCUUCUCGUGCGUGACAUCGAAAGCAUUGAGAAUGGGCACGUACCAUUCCCUGACUACAAAACUACUGGAGGCAACACCAAAGGCAGGCUGCGUGAUGAGGAGAAGAGGAUGAGAAGCAUGAAGCUGCAGUGAAAGUAGAAAGCUAACUGCGUAUGAUGGUCAAAAAUAAAAAGAGAAUCAUGAAGAUCACUUUCUUCUGAGUGUUUCAACAAAGUCUGACGAAUUAAAUACUUGUAUUGCUAUUUUCACAUGUUUUAUCCUCCAAGCUUAGAAGCUAAUAUCGAGGAGGAAAAAAAAAAAAAUCCCUCGAAUCCACAAAAAAAACCAGUUGACCAAUCUGUAUUUAGGGUUCUUCGUAACGGAAAAAUCCAAUUGUAUGAAUUAGAAUCAUCAGUUAUAAUGUUGAUCAUAUAGUAAAAAUUGCUUUUAUUAUUAUUUUUAUGGCAGAAACGAAUAAUAAAGGUCACGGAUUGAGAAG